UAGGCCACACCAAUUUAAUUUGUUCUCGGAAUCGCCGCUUCAAAAAUUCACAGAAUGAGAAAAAAAUAAAAUUCAAUUUUACCGAAAAGCUCCGCCCCAGAGGCGUUGCCAAAAAAUGAAAUCACUAAAGAAAACUGAAGGCUGCAGUUUAUCAAGUGUUGAUAGGUGUCGCUCUUAGUAGUUGGAGAUCAUGUGACGUUAAGUUACCAAUAAAGGCGCUCCUUUCAGCAUUCCGGUUGGCGAAUGAGAGAUCAAGUUACAUCUUGUUAGUGUUUCUGGAAGGCUGCAAAAAAAAUGGCGGCAGGUUGAAUUCCUUUUUUUGGCAAGAUUAGGAGCCGCCCGGCUCGGGGCAGUAGAUUAGAAAGUGUAGAUUAGAGCUAAAGUUGUAGAAAUGUUGAAAGAAGAAACCAUGGUCCCUCAAGGAGAGCCGGGAAAGCCGGUGUAUGGCAUUAUCAAGGUUUUCCAAGGCCGACAAAAACUCAUCGACACCUGCCUGGAAAUCGAAGAAGACGAAAACUUUGGCCAGCUUUUCGCCAGAUCCAUCGAGAAGCAAACCGAUUACUCUGUGCAGGUAUUCAUCUCGCAAACAACACCACCAGUUGGUGGUGGGGCUGAGGAACAUAGUACAAAACAUGGAACCAAUUGCCCUUUGUCAGCUCCUGUGAAGAUGCUACUUUGUGACUUUCAAUGCAAGUACAUCACCUACUAUGUGCAGCAGAAGACUGACAGUUGUGAAGAGUCUCAUAUCAAAAGAAAUGCAUUUGAUAUAAUAAUGAAAGAAAGGCUCAAUGAUUCUUACCUACCUCAAAGAAUUGAGAAAGAGAAACCAAUUGCAACAGAAAGACUGUACAACAUGGUGGUUGACUACAUGCAAAAAGUUAAGGCAGGAUUCACCUCAGAUUAUGUUCAAUCAUGUGGUAAACGGCUUGCAGUGGUACUGAGAGAUGCUUUAUGGUAUCUAGAUUCACAUCAUGAAAAAUUCAAAGAGAGAUCCAUAAUCUUACCAAAGGCUUUUCAGAUUUUCCAGCAUCAUAACAAUUGGAAACAGAAUAAGCAUACACAACCAUCACUGACACAGGAAGGCCUGUAUAGUCAUGAACAAAGCAUAUCAGCAGUUUUGAUGCUACCCAUGGUACUGACUCAGAGGAACUCUGUAUUAGCACGAGACAUGUCAGAUCUGUGUAAAGCAAUGACGAAAUACAGGUUAUACCUCCAAAAUUCUACAGUCCGUGUUGAAAAAUGCAGGUCAUCAACCGUUCCAGUAAGGUCAGUAGAGACCCAUUCUUCAUUGACUACAAUACCUGCCAGUGCAGUAUGCCCACAAGAAUACCAAGAGUUGCAAAGACAUCUAGAUAAAAUGAACCAUACACUCCUGUUGACAUAGGUGACUUUGUAACAGUUGACAGGUAUGAGAGACGGAAAUAUAUAGCAAACAUUCAGCUAGUCAGUGAUGUGUCAAUGUAUGCUAUGCCGUACGGCAACUGUCUUGGGACAGUCACCAUUCUCUGGAAGAUAGAAAGGAACUCAGAGAACCACGAGAGCCGAAAUGCAGGAGUUAUCUUGGAAAUUAGCAAGGAGCUACCCACUUACUCAACACGAGAGAUGAGGCGUAUGUUCAUACAGACAUACAGUAAAAGGGCUAGUAUAAAGCCAAUGGUUCUCCGAGCUAUCUACAGAGAACUGGUCAAUGAUUCUGCAGCUGCAACAAGUUUUAGAGAAGAGGAUCUAGACCAUCGUGUAGUUCGUUUCUUCAUGGAAUCUGAACAGCCGGACCUUUUAUUAGACCUUAGGAAGUUAAAUGGCAAUCCAGGAAGCACCAUGUUCAAUGCAUUUUGGGAGGAAACUGCCAAAUACUUCGAGGAGCAAGGUCAGGUGCACGACAGAAGGCACGAGCACAACUUCACAUACAUGCCUGUAGCUAUUUCAGUAGACGAGCUGCGACUCAAGGUGAAGGACAGAUUACCCGAAGGAACACCCAUACCUUCCUCAGAAUGGUUGCGGCUGCAAUUUUGGCCUGCUAACCCCUUUGCCGCAAGGGCAAUUAAGCACACGUUCAGGUUAGAUGUUAAGUUUGCUGUUCAGACCAGGCUCCUUCGGUCUGAACACAUAGACUCGAAGUAUGCUACUACUCAGUACAAAUACCUCAAGCAGUUUGCUUGUAAGUACAAAGACCAUGCACGGCUUAUCUGUGUUGAUGAUAAGGCAAUUAUACCAGUAGGCAACCCCAGACAGCCAGUGUCAACAGGGGUCCGAGGACACAAUAGGUCAUUGGCCCCUGUUGGCGGGACACUGGCGGCUUUGGAUCACGACUGGCACGUUGGAGGUCUGGUUCCCUCAGUUGUCCUAUUGACAGACAUCCCAGAGAGAGCAGAGGAUUCAUUCUAUAAGGGAAAAGUCUGCGUGACUUUAAAUGAGAAAGUUUUCCAGCCGUCAAGCCCAUGUCGUCACACAGCUGAGAUAGCCAAGGUACUCCGAGAGUAUGCAAGUCUUGAUGACGUGAAUUUAGAUGUUCCCAUUUUGCUGAUGUUCUCUGACGGGGGACCAGAUCAUAGAGUAACUUUCCAGUCCGUCAAGAUCGCCCUUCUAGCACUAUUCCUAGCUCUUGACUUAGAUUCAUUAUAUGCAGCUCGAUGUGCUCCACAUGGAAGUUGGAUAAACCCUGCUGAAAGGACAAUGUCUUUACUGAACUUAGCCCUCAUCUGCAGAAUGUUGCGUUGGAGAGAGGCUGCAUGUCAGGAGAGUUAGAGAAGCUCAUCAGUGGAAAGAGUGACCUCAGCAGUGUCCGUCAAUCAGCAAAAAGACACCCUGACCUUAAAGAGGGAUUCAAAGCUGCUAUGCAGCCAGUCGUACGGCUUGUCAGCGAGGGGUUCCGGAAGAUGCGACUAAAGAAGGAGAAAGUGAGGACGUUUCCAGCUGCUUUGGAUGAAGAAAUUGAAGACAUCAUGAGUAUACUGAGUCUAAUUGAUGAGGAAAUCACACCAAGUGAUGCUAUCACAAUGACUUCCAAGGACUUUGCUAGACGCCAGCGGCUCACAAGUUUCCUAGAAAAACACAGUAAGCAGACACACUACACGUUUCAGCUGAAGAAGUGUACAUCAGCAAACUGCAAUGUCUGUGUACUGAGUCCCACACGUCUGCCCCCAGAAGUCUUUGACACAUUGAGCUUUCUCCCUGACCCGAUGCUUGACCCAUCUGGGGAGCACUACCUGUCAUUUGCUGAGUUGUAUGGCAAGCCUACCACAGAAGCAGACAGGCCGUCCCUGAAGCAGCCCACCCAGAAAUCAGAGACUGACAAGAAGAGGAAACAGCUUCUUGUGGCAGCUAAAGUCCGCGAUGUCAUCAGCUGUGGAGAGUGCCGGAAACCACGCUGCAUAUAUGCAGCUUCAAAGUUACUCGCAGAAGAAGGAGGUGCAGUAACACGAGCCCAACAGGAUGGCACAUACGUGUGUGGAGGUCAUAUAUUUGCUGAGGGUGGAAGGUACCAUGACAAGAUAGUUACAAAGGUUGACCUUACUUGUGCGUCACCUGUGGAGACCCAGUACUAUGGAAGUGUUACCGUGGCAUUUCCAGACUGCUGCUUCCAUUGCGGAACACUGAGCAAUCUUCUGGAGCAGACUGACCCCUACAUACUUGAACUCAGACAAAGUUACCAUACUGUCAGACCUAUUUGUUCACCCUGUCAUGCAGGUGGCAAACAGGCCUCAACCAGAGGUCCAACAAAUGCCAGAAAAAAGAUAAGAAAAAUCUAAGAGUGAGAAAGUUAUUCCUGAACUUUUUGGUUUGGUUUGGCAUGUUUUUGUUUUAUUGUUGUCAUUAGUUCCUUUUGGUAAGACUCAGAAAGUCAUUGCAGUCAGGAAGUUUUAUUGAAUGUUGUUAUGAGUUCCUUUUGGUAAGACUAAUACUCAGAAAGUCAGUGCAUUCACUAAGUUUUAUUGAAUAGAGUUCCUUUUGGUAAGACUCAGAAAGUCAGUACAGUACACUAAGUUUUAUUAAAUGUUAUGAGUUCAUUUUGGUAAGACUAAGACUCAGAAAGUCAGUGCAGUACACUAAGUUUUAUUGAAAAAAUUAUGUUAUGAGUUUCUUUUGGUAAGACUAUGACUCAGAAAGUCAGACUGAGUGCAGUCACUAAGUUUUAUUGAAUAGAGUUCCUUUUGGUAAGACUCAGAAAUUCAGUGCAGUACAC